AUGUCACGCAAGGAUAGCUCUAAAGUUGAAAUAGAUGCAUUGGGGCAAGAUGAAGUUCAACCACAGGAAUUUGCAGGUCUUGAAGUAGAUGGCAAUGCAGGACAUUCAUCAGGUGCAAACAAAGAUCGGAAUUUGAAGAGAAAGAACGACUACCUUGGCAAGAAGGAGGAAAACCAAGAAGCAAAAUUGCCAAAAAAGUCUACGUCUUCAAAUGAGAUCAAAAAACGAGGCAAUAAUAGUGGUGAAUGCUGGGAAUGCGAGAGGGUGUUUACCGAUAUUUUCAAUCACUCCAAGAGAAAGCACAACGGAGAGUUGGAAAAGUGCACCGCCAGUGAUCGCGUUUGCAAGAAAUAUUUCGACUCGGCCCACAACCGAAUCGAACACGAGCAGUGGCAGCAUCCGGAGCGAAAGGAAUUCUGCUGCCAGCUUUGCCAUCACUCGACAGAUAGAGGAGAUAAUUUGAAAACUCAUGUUCGACGAAAGCAUUCGGAAAAGAAAAUCAAAUGCGGAGAGCUGAAGUGUGGCAAGAUGUUUGGCUCACAGGCAGAUUUGAGGCAUCAUGUCAAGUGGUGUCACACAAUGGAAAGAUGUGCCAAAUGCGGCAAAGAAAUGAGCCUGGAUGCACUUGAUAAGCACAACCGGUAUGUUAAUUGUGCUCAGUAA